AUGGCCGACGGACUCCAAAUGGGCAACCUGUCCCUCCAGGACUCUCAACACGCUCCUCAGGGCGGCCCCCCUGGUCGUGCUGCCUACAUUCCUCCUCACCUCCGUGGACGCAACGCUGGCGCCAGCAUGGCAGGCCCUCCUCCCAACUCUGCACCCGCCGCUGGUCCCGGCUUCUCUGGCCCCAGAGAUGCUCGUGGCGGUAACUGGGCUAACGCUAAUGCUCCCAACUUCAGCCCCCGCGGCCCCGCGAACGGUAAGACCGACUGGAACCCAGACGUGCAACGCCGGUCAUUCGAUCCCAAAGCUUACGGACAUCCAGGACAUGGAGGCUCUUACAGUGGUGGUGGUAACUUCUCAGGUGGUGGCGGCGGUGGUGCUGCGCGCGGUUCUGGCGAUGGUCAGUGGCGCGAUGGUAAGCACAUCCCAGGACCUGCCAACCCUCGCUUGGAACGCGAACUUUUCGGCCUGGGCCAGGACGACCCCUCCAAGCAACACACUGGUAUCAACUUUGCCAACUACGACGACAUUCCCGUUGAGGCUUCCGGACAGGACGUGCCCGAGCCCGUCAACGCCUUCACCAACCCCCCUCUUGACGACCAUCUGAUCUCUAACAUCAAGCUUGCAAGCUAUGUCACCCCUACCCCUGUCCAGAAAUAUUCCAUUCCUAUCGUCAUGGGCGGCCGUGAUCUGAUGGCCUGUGCCCAGACCGGUUCCGGUAAGACUGGUGGUUUCCUCUUCCCCAUCCUUUCCCAGGCUUUCCAGACUGGUCCUUCCGCUGCUCCUCAGCAAGCCGGCGGUGGCGGUCAGUUCUACGGUCGUCAGCGCAAGGCCUACCCUACCUCGCUCAUUCUCGCCCCUACCCGUGAGUUGGUUUCCCAGAUCUUUGACGAGGCCCGUAAAUUCGCCUACCGCUCGUGGGUUCGCCCAUGCGUCGUAUACGGUGGUGCCGACAUUGGUUCCCAACUGCGCCAGAUCGAGCGGGGAUGUGAUCUGCUGGUUGCCACCCCUGGUCGUCUUGUCGACUUGAUUGAGCGUGGUCGUAUCUCCCUUGUCAACAUCAAGUACCUCGUCCUUGACGAGGCUGAUCGUAUGUUGGACAUGGGUUUCGAACCUCAAAUCCGCCGCAUCGUCGAGGGCGAGGAUAUGCCUCGCGUUGAGGACCGCCAGACCCUCAUGUUCUCGGCCACUUUCCCCCGUGACAUUCAAAUGCUUGCUCGUGACUUCCUGAAGGACUACAUUUUCCUUUCCGUUGGCCGUGUCGGUUCCACCUCUGAGAACAUCACUCAGAAGAUCGAGUACGUCGAGGACGCCGACAAGCGCUCUGUGCUGCUGGACAUUCUCCACACUCAUGGCACUACUGGUCUGACUCUUAUCUUCGUCGAGACCAAGCGUAUGGCCGACUCGCUCUCCGAUUUCUUGAUCAAUCAGCGAUUCCCUGCCACUGCCAUUCACGGUGACCGUACUCAGCGCGAGCGUGAGCGUGCCUUGGAGAUGUUCCGCAACGGUCGUUGCCCAAUUCUUGUUGCCACUGCUGUCGCUGCUCGUGGUCUUGAUAUCCCCAACGUCACCCACGUCAUCAACUACGACCUGCCCACCGACAUUGACGACUAUGUCCACCGUAUUGGUCGUACUGGUCGUGCGGGUAACACCGGUAUUGCGACUGCCUUCUUCAACCGUGGCAACCGUGGUGUUGUCCGCGAGUUGAUUGAUCUCCUGAAGGAGGCUCACCAGGAGGUGCCCGCCUUCUUGGAGAGUAUUGCUCGUGAGGGCAGUGGCUUCGGUGGUCGUGGUGGUCGCAGCGGCCGUGGUCGCGGUAGCUCCAACGCCACUCGCGAUGUUCGUCGUUUCGGCGGUGGCAUGGGUGGUCAGUCUUCCUUCGGAGGUAACGCCUACGGCGGAGCUCCCUCGUUCGGUGGCUCUGGCGGCUACGGCGGUGCUGCUCCUUCCUAUGGCGGCUCUGGCGGCGCUGGCUACGGCGGCGGCAUGGGUGGUGGCAGCUACGGCAACCCCGGUGGCUCCACUGGCCCCUCCUCUUGGUGGUAA